AUGUCGUUUCUUCAUCUGAAGAAGGUGUACUCAGUUACUGGCAAGCUUAUUUUGUUGCGAUUUCUACCCGUUUAUGUUAGAUGGGCUCCUAGAAGUCUCAGGAUGUUGCAAUUGGGAUCACAAAUAGGCUUGUCUGCCUUACCUAGUAGGGAGAUCAAUGGCAACUCCCCUUGGGCAAUUGCUUCCGAGCCGUUUUCGAUAUUUUCCGAGGUAAAAUUGACAGCAACUCCCUUGAAAAUCGCACGAUACUCAAGAGUCAAUACAGCAUACGUGGGUGGGUACCUUAGAUGCGGCCUAUCUUCGCUCCGGCAUGAUGGCUUAUGCUAUGCUAGUUAUGGUCAAUAUCCGAUGGUUUGUGAUGGGACAGUCGCAAGAUUAAGUAGGCGGAUUCUUGACGGUAAAUGGUAG